UCAAGGAGAAAAAGAGUUGCAGAAGGCUUAACAGGUUUAAGUUAGCAUAUGCAAGUUCCAUUGUACCCAUGUCAGACAAGAGCCAAUGGCCAAGAGUUGACAUAGGGUUCAAAAUGUUGCCACCAAAGCUUGGAAGAUCAGCAGGAAGACCUCAGAAAAAUCGUGUGCCAAAUAGUGCUGAAGGCAAAGGAAAAGGCAAGCAGAAAAGAUGCUCAAGAUGUAAAGGAUUUGGCCAUCAAGCUAGAACUUGCAAGGAACCUGAGUGGGUAGACCUAUCUGAUCCUGCUUCUGCUCCAGCACCCCCCAAAAGAAAGAAAAGGAAGACCAAACCUGCAGUGGUAGUUGUCUCCAAGCCCCAAACAAGGUCUAACUCCAAGUGUGCUGCCUCAUCUUCUUCCCAGCCACUGCCUACAUCCACUUCACAUCCUGCUGGAGUAAUUUCUACAUCUCAGCCACCUACAAGGACAACUCCUCCCAGGCUAGCAAAGACAAAGGCAAAGGCAACUGGUGUUUAGCCUAAAUGAACCAAAAUGGACAUGUAAUAUGUAUCUCUCCAGAUAAAUGUGUAAACUCCUUAACUUCUAUGUCCUGUGUCUGAAAUAUUCUUCUGUGAAACUCUAUGAACUGCUAUGUCCUUGUUUCUGAGAAAAAUCUUAUAUAU